AUGGACCGAGCAACUCAUAUUAUUGACCCGAACGGCGAGGUUAUUAUAAUAUUGAGAAGCCCAAAUGCUCCUUUUGCAGACAUGAGUGAAGGUAUGUCCAACAACGAUUCCACCUUUACCCUUCCCGGACCAAUAGGAGAGCCUGCAGCUGAAGAACCCACUACCGAAGGGCCUGCUGCCGAAGGGCCUGCUGCCGAAGGAUCCGCUGCCGAAGAACGCGUUGAUGGACACACGGAAGAGCCUGCCGAUGAAUUUGCUAAAGAAUCUGAUUCCGAAAGAGCGGGACAGCCGGAGGAAAAUUGCAUCCACAUCCAAGUCUCCGCGAAGCAUUUAAUACUCGCCUCAUCAGUUUUUAAAAAGAUACUCACUGGUAGUUGGAAAGAAGGCAUCGCUUAUCUACAAGAAGGCUCAGUUGAAAUAACUGCACAAAGCUGGGAUACCGAGGCCCUCUUGGUUAUGCUUCGCAUUAUACAUUGCCAGUCCUAUGACGUACCUCGAAAACUUACACUUGAGAUGCUCGCGAAAAUUGCUGUUUUGGCCGACUACUACGAUUGUAGGGAAGCUAUUGAUCUUGUAGUGUCUACAUGGAUCAACAGCUUAGAUGAAAUUAUCCCCUCAACAUAUUCUAGAAACCUAAUACUCUGGUUAUGGGUUGCCUGGUAUUUCCGCCUCCCUGCAGAAUUCGAAAAAGUUACCGCAAUCGCCAUGUCACAGAGUAACGACUGGAUUGAGAAUCUCGGGCUCCCAAUCCCCGAUAAUAUCAUAAGGUCCAUGUAUGAUCGAAGACAGGAAGAGAUCACUGGCCUGCUUCUCCAACUUCAAGAUAUACGUGAUCAACUCCAAAACGGCAGUAAAGGGUGUGGCUUUGAAUGCAGUUCAAUCAUGUAUGGAGCUCUGACAAAGCAGAUGCAGCUGAAUGCUCUGCUUUCACCAGGGCCCGCAGCUCCUUUCCCAGGCUUAGGAUAUAGAGUCCUUGUGCAAAGCGUGCUAUCAUUUAAGUCGCCAGAGUGGUACGGUCCGGGAGGGGGUCGUUCUAAAUACCGGCACAAUUGCUUUGACUCCACAUUCAUAGCGCUUUUCGGUGGGUUAAACGAUACCAUUAAAGGUCUUGAAAUAGAUAACUUUGUUCAUCUCUAGUUAAAGAACUACUGAACUUUUACCUUCGCUGUUGACAAUUCAGCAUCUACCAAAUUGAGAUUAUUCCUGUCCAGCUAUCCGCAAAUGACUCAUGCAGAAAAAGCAAUUUUGACAGAGCUCCUAAUGAAGAAAUUAGUUUUAUUCGCUUGACAAGAACUAGAAAUGGUAAAACCAAGAAUUCACCAAGCUCUGUAAUAAGCCUAUCCUCAAAUUGACUGAACCGCUGUUCGUCUGAC